GGUGGGGGGUGCUUUUCAUUCUCACACACAUCCUCUCUCCUGAUGUCACAAAUCUAUUCUUCAGUGGGAGAAUUGAUUAGCAUUCAUCGGGAGCCUUUGCAGGGGAGAAAGAAAGGGAGGUUGAGAAAGCGAGACAGUGGAGGCAAAGGGGAAAAUCAGUGGCCACGGAGCAAGCGUUUUCCCGUCCAGACUACAUUGAAACUUUAAACACAAUCGAGGGGAAGAAUGGGUAUUUUAUAACUGGGAUCCUCAGUGACGUAUGGCUGACUGUUCCCUGGCAGAGAUCUUUAUGGACCUGUAGCAGAGUGAAAUUGAAGGCAUCUGGGAAGGGACCGUAAUCUACUGUAGAAGAGAACAGAGCCCCUCAAUCACUGGCGCUGUAAAUAAGAAACGGAGGGGAGUCAAAAGAAAGGGAAUAGUGGAGGGGGGUACGCCUCGUUUGGGGGGGAGUGGGGUAAAAAGCAUUUUUGGUGGAUGGUAUGAAGCCAGCCAUGGAAACUGCAGCGGAGGAAAAUACAGAACAAAGCCAAGAGAAAAAAGUGAUCACCAGACCAGAAAUGGAAAUUGGCAGGUACCACUGGAUGUACGAGAGUUCAAGGCCACACCGGUACCAGCAUGUGCCAGCAUUGAGAGACAGUGUUAGUCCUUUGAGCGCUCCAGGUUGCUUUGAAUGCUGCAUUAAGUGUCUGGGAGGAGUGCCCUAUGCUUCCCUCGUGGCCACCAUUCUCUGCUUCUCUGGAGUUGCUUUGUUUUGCGGCUGUGGACAUGUUGCCCUAGCUGGGACUAUAUCCAUUCUGGAACAACACUUUUCCACAAAUGCCAGUGACCAUGCCCUACUGAGUGAGGUGAUACAGUUGAUGCAGUAUGUCAUCUAUGGAAUUGCAUCCUUUUUCUUCUUGUAUGGGAUCAUUCUGUUGGCAGAAGGCUUUUAUACCACCAGUGCAGUAAAAGAGCUGCAUGGGGAGUUUAAAACAACAGCAUGUGGCCGGUGCAUCAGCGGAAUGUUUGUUUUCCUCACCUAUGUGCUUGGAUUGGCCUGGCUUGGGGUCUUUGGCUUCUCCGCUGUGCCUGUCUUUAUGUUCUAUAAUAUAUGGUCAACUUGUGAAGUCAUCAAAUCCCCCCAGACAAAUUCGACAGCAACAGGGAGUCAGAUCUGUGUGGAUAUCAGGCAAUAUGGUAUCAUCCCUUGGAAUGCCUUGCCAGGCAGAGCAUGUGGCUCAACCCUAGAAAGCAUCUGCAACACAAAUGAGUUCUAUAUGUCCUAUCACUUGUUCAUCGUAGCCUGUGCUGGAGCUGGUGCCACUGUGAUCGCACUGAUCCACUUCCUCAUGAUACUGUCUUCUAACUGGGCUUACUUAAAGGAUGCAAGCAAAAUGCAGGCCUACCAGGAUAUCAAAGCAAAAGAAGAACAGGAACUUCAGGAUAUCCAGUCUCGGUCAAAAGAACAGCUCAAUUCUUACACAUAAAUGUUUGCCAGAGUAAUUCAGCAGAAGAAUUUAUAGCUCUGACAAAUCACCAAAUGGCUGCUCAGCAGUACAGAUGUAUAUCUACCAAACAAACAAAUAUAGGAGUACAAAAACUUCACUGUCAAGCUCCUGGGACUUGUUUCUAGGAAAACCUUCCACUGGGUAAAUCUUUCUUCCUUUAGAACAGAAUUGGAGGUUUCAUGUCAGCCAUUUUAAAAGGCAACACUUUUGACACAAUGAUUGUUUACCCUUUGAGAUUAAUGACAUUCCCAUAUUUCACUUUGCCUAUUGGUGUGGUCACUUAACAAUGGGAAUCAGUCAUGCUCUUUAGUAGGAGCUCACAACUUUCCAGCAUUAGGAAGUUUAACUAUAUACAUAUAAAUGCCAAUAGUUAUCUACCUAACAAGUUCCAUUUCUGACAACUGACAUUUGUUAAAUUUUGGCUCUUGUUUUUCAUAAGGUGACUAAAUUUAUUUCUUUCCUAAUGAGCUGGCUUUCUGAUUUGUCCACAUACAGGACACAUGAAUUCCUUGAGCCAGUCAGAAGGCAGCUAUUCUGAAAUGCCUCAAUGAGCCACCAUAAUUCUGCUGUACUUACUGCUGGAACAACCUAGAUUCUUAUUCAUGGGCAAGCCCUGUAGAAUUUGUUUUAUAAAGUUUUAAUAAAAAAAAAAAAGUGUGACCCAGUAAUGUUUUUUCCCCCUCCCUAAAUGCCAGCUUUGCCUUAAUGUAAAUUCCUUCUAAAUUUCUAAGAAUUUAUAUAAGAGGAGACCAUGACUUCUUCAUGGUACUUCAUUUGACAAAUUUUGUUUCUUAAUUAAGAAGUGUUACCUUAUUAAAAUGACCACCAUCAAAACAUUUGUAGAUAAUGAAUUUGUGUUUCAUAUCAGCUAUCUAAAAAUCGAAUUACAAGUAGGCCACAGACCUCCUGCUUUUCUACAACUUGUUACCUAAAUUAGAAUUUGUAUUUAUUUUGUUUUCCUCAAACAAAUAGUACUUAUGAUCCCAAAAUAAUGAAGUUUGAUGUUCAGCAAGAAAGCUGCUAGAGUUAAGCCAUUUAACAGAAACUUGCCUUCAAAAUCAUUGUAUUUCAGAAGCAUUAAGUGAUUAUUGGGUAUUAGUGAUGGUAAAUUUUGUGUUGUUCUUUAUGAAAUGAUAAAUAUAGCUGUUGGGUAUAUUAGUGCUUAUUAAAAGAAGCUACAUAAUAUAAAGUUAACCACUGUAUAUUCAUGUUUCAAGUUAACUUGUGAUUUGACUGUUUCCUGGAUAUUAAAACACAUACCUUUGUGAAAAUGUAUAAAAAUGAAAGGAAGCAUACAUUUACUUAGAAGUUAUUAAAAACUGAUCUUUUAUCAGAUAUUUCAUUUGGAUCAUUAAAUUUAAUUAAAUGCCUAAAAUGCUUAAUUUAAACCUUUUUACAUUGGGGGAGGCUCUCUUCUAUGUAAAGCAAGUGACAGAAUAAUUUAGUGUUUGUUUUUCUGUUGCAUGAAGGAAACUUAAAUAUUUUUCACAGCAGUGCAGGUGCUGUCAUAUAGUCAGUGUUCUCAUAGAAGAGUAAUGGAGGCAGUGUCUUAAAGCCUAAUUCUUUUUCUAAGUCUAGGUAGCUAUUACCGGAAGUUUUUGAAAGUUUCGUUUUAAGUAGUCUAAUAUUUUUUAUGUAAAGAUCAUUAAAUUUUGCUAUGUAUAAAUUUUUGUAACCUAACAGUGAAUCAAUAUUUUCUAUCAGUGCCAAGGGCUUCCUGUAGUUAUAUUCAAGUGUUACAAUAAAUAUUUGUAGAUAAUAGAGUCAACAUGUGUAUGCUUAUUUUAAGAUUCUAUCUAAGCAAAAGUAGUUGUGGCUGUACUGAUAGUAAUAAAAUAAAAUUAUAGCUUUCUUCAUUUGGUGUUUUAGCAUACCUAAACCUUUCUUGACUUUGUCUUUGGAUUGGCUGUCUUUAAAGUAAUAUAAUUAAAUGUACUGAAAUUUCAAACUAAUUAGUCAACAAAUGUUUAUUGGAGAUUGCAUGUUUUGGUAAAAGUCAUAUUUAAAGCAAGAAUAAUUGAAGAGAGUUCUGUAACUCAUUGGAUUGUGCUCUGCAAAAGCUGUCUUUGCUAUAUGAAACUGAUAUCUCAUAGUUCCAUAGAACUAUACAUUUUUCAAGUGAAAUUUCACUGGAAAUUACUUAUGUUAUAAACAGUUUUAGAAGAUAUAUGCCUAUGAGAUUUACUGGACCUACCCUUUAUUACAAGAUUUGAAACUGACUUGGUGAAGACCUCAGGAAGGAACAGUUUGCCUUUUGAAACUGUCUUAAAAGUAAAGGUACUUCCAAGUUAUGUAUAUUUAUAAAAUACUAUUGUUAUAACGUGCUUAAUACAUUAUAUAAUACAUUUGACUUUUACAAAUCCUAUAAACAUCAAAAGUUUGCAAAUUAGGAUAAAAAGAAAUAUAUCACCAGAACUUUGUUGUAUUUUGUUUUUUAAAUCAAGGGCUAAUGUAUAACAGGAAUGUACAGGAAGUCAAUUCAGUAAUGUUUUAUUUAUACUUUUAGCCAUUAUUGUGAUUACCUGUAAUUGUAUAUUUGAACAUUAGCCAUUAUUGUGAUUACCUGUAAUUGUAUAUUUGAACAUUUUCAGCAUAGUCUCAAGUUAGUUUUUUACAUAAAGAUACUUGUAAUCCAGGCUUAAGGGCCAAAUCAACAGAUUCUUAUUUACACACCUACUGUGAAGCAUGAGAAAAUAAUACAUUAACUUUCUUUUCUCCCUGAAACUUUAAGCCUGAAUCUUCUCAUCAGCUCUAACACAAAAGAUCCUAUAGUGUAUAUAGUGUAUAUACCUUAAUUAUAUUUUAUACUUUCCCAAGUCUUUUCAAAAAAUUAGAUUAAACUGUUUGAAAGUGAAUAUAAUUUAUUUAAAAUUUUAAGGAUUUAUACACCUUGGGAAAUUUGAAUUACUAGCAACUUGUAGCAAGCAAGCAAAGAACUAUUCUCCCAAAACUGUGAAUGAUAUAAAACUACCUAUAAAACUGAAAGAAGACAAAGUACUUCAAACAUUCUGCAGGCAUUCAAAAGCAAUUAUUACAAAUACUGUCACUGAUCUAAAGUGUUUUUGAAAGCCUUUUAAUACAGCAGUUUCACAUGUUUUAAUUCUUCAAUUCAGGCUUAAUGUUUACAUGCAUCAGUAUUUUUCUAAUUAAUGUGAUUUUCGGUAUAUAUAGAUGGUUAAUUCAUCUUUUAUGAAAUUUUACAUGAUACAUAGAGUAUUGUCUUUUUAAAAAUUGACUAUAUGAUUUCCUUUAUUAGGAGAAAGAUUGUAUGGGAUAGUCAGACUUGAAGUUAAAAUGAUGUGCCUCGAAGUUCUUGCAUUGAGACAUGCUGUUUGUGACUGAGCAAAUUACUUACCUUCUCUGUUUCUCAGGAAACUCUUUUUAAGAUUCUCUGAGUUGCAGAGCAGUUGCUCAUUUGUACUGAUGGAAUUUCCUCCCUGGGAAUUUCCUAUGCCAGUGAAAUCACAGGUCUCAAUAUCCAACAAACAAAAAUCAACUUUCUCAUUAAGCUUUGAGGAAAAUAAACACAAGACUAUACCUUCUCAAUAA